CCUUCUUGCUGCUGUUUCUCACACAAUGGCACCUCACCCCCUCGCCAUCCUCUCCGAGGCGGAGACCAACAUCGCCCGUGAUGUCAUCCUCGCCGAGCACCCCAACACCGUCAUCGAUUUCCGCGAGAUCUAUCUAUCAGAGCCCCCCAAGGCCCAGCUGCUGGAGUUCCUGGCCCUCGAGCACUCCGGCCGUCUGAGCCCGACCUCGCCUCGUCCAGCCCGUCUGGCCCUGUGCCAGUACGACGUGAUCGGCGCCGACCGCAUCCCUUCCUUCGAGGAGUCCGUCGUCGAUGUUGGCGCACGCCGGCGUGUCCAACACCGCGUCGUUGGAAAGCAGCACCACGCCUCCCUGACUUUGAGCGAAUUCGAUACCCUCGUCGAGCGGUGCUUCGCCUCCCCCCUCUUCCAACAAGCCCUCGCCGACUUCAACCUGCCCGAGGGCUUCGAGGUCGUCAUCGAGCCCUGGCCGUAUGGUGGACUGGACCAUGUCGAUGAGAAGCGCCGGUACUUCCAGGGUCUGUGCUUUGCCACGAACAAGCGCAAGAACAACCCCGAUGCCAACUUCUACUCCUACCCCCUGCCCGUCAUCCCCGUCAUGGACGCGCUCACCCAGGAGAUCAUCCGGGUCGACCGUCCCGCGACGGGCGGCAAGGGCGAGGGCCUGACGGAGCAGACCUUCAAGCGGGAUAUCAUUGGACACUGCAAGGACUCGGACUACGUGCCGGAGCUGCUGCCCGGGGGCACCCGCAAGGAUCUCAAGCCCUUGAACGUCUCCCAGCCGGAGGGCCCGUCCUUCCGCAUCACCCAAGAGUCCCUGGUCGAGUGGCAGAAGUGGCGGUUCCGUGUGGCCUUCAACCCUCGCGAGGGUGCCACCAUCCACGACGUGUGGUACGAUGGCCGCAGCGUGCUGCAUCGGCUGAGUAUCAGUGAGAUGACCGUCCCCUAUGCCGAUCCCCGUCCCCCGUUCCACCGCAAGCAGGCCUUCGACUUUGGUGACGGUGGUGGUGGCAACAUGGCCAACAACCUCUCCAUUGGCUGCGACUGUCUGGGUGUGAUCAAGUACUUCGACGCCGUGAUCACCGGCGCCGACGGCAAGGCCCAGAAGCUCCCGAACGCCAUCUGCCUGCAUGAGCAGGACAACGGCAUCGGCUGGAAGCACUCCAACUGGCGCACCGGCCGCGCGGUGGUGACCCGCCACCGCGAGCUGGUCGUGCAGUUCAUCAUCACCCUGGCCAACUACGAGUACAUCUUCGCCUACAAGUUCGACCAGGCCGGUGGCAUCAUGGUCGAGUCCCGGGCCACGGGUAUCCUGAACGUGGUCAACAUCGACCCCGGCAAGACCAGCGACUACGGCAACGUUGUGAGCGGCGGUGUCCUGGCGCAGAACCACCAGCACAUCUUCUGCGUGCGCAUCGACCCGGCCAUCGACGGCGCCAACAACUCGGUGCUGGUGGAGGAAUCGCACCCGGUGGCCAUGAACGAGGCCACCAACCCCCACGGCAACUACUACAAGGUCACCACGGAGACGCUGGAGCGCGCGGGCUGGCUGGACGCGGCCCCGGAGCUGAACCGCACCAUCAAGAUGGUCAACCCGCACAAGAUCAACCCCAUCAGCCAGAAGCCGGUCGGAUACAAAUUCAUCCCGCUGGCCACGCAGCGCCUCCUGGCCGACCCCAACUCGAUCCAGGCCCGACGCGCGCAGUUCGCGCAGCACCACGUCUGGGUGACCAAGUACCGCGACGGGGAGCUGUACGCGGGUGGCCGCUACACGCUGCAGAGCCAGGAGGAGAUCGAGGGCGUGUCGGAUGCCGUGAAGCGCGGCGAUUCCGUGGCCGACACGGACGUGGUGGUCUGGAACACUUUCGGCAUCACCCACAACCCUCGCGUGGAGGAUUGGCCCGUUAUGUAAGUUGUCUUGAUCGUCGUUUUCUUCUCAGUUCUCGAUGCAGUUCUGCUAACACGAUCCAGGCCCGUCGAGAUCUUCCAGCUGAUGAUCCGCCCUGCGGACUUUUUCACCGCCAACCCGGCGCUGGAUGUGCCGUCGGACAAGAACGUUUCGUCGCGGAUUGUGGGCUCCGAAUGCUGCCGGGAUGCGCACAUCUGAGGGGGUUUCGAGAGGGUGUUAGAUAGAUAUGAGUUACGAUUUUGGUUGUAUAUAUAUAGAUAGUUUGUUUGUUUUAGUCGGGAGACACCGGUUGUUUUGUUUCGGGAAUAUCAGGAAAUGAGAAUACAUUAUCUGCC